UUCUCCGAAGGGAUCAGGAAAAAAAAAGAAAAAUGGACGACCGGAAGUAGGCAGUGGUACACAACUGUCCUUAAGCUGAUGACAAUUAGACGCCUUCUACAUGAAAAUGUCGUCUGUGCAUAGACUGACAUUGUUAACUUGAAUUCGGAAUGGAUGCAGAACGCCAGGAAUCUCAGGAUGACCAAGAUGGAACUCGAUUCUGGCGAGAGGAACGAGAGGAAGGAGCUGUUUACAACACAUAUCUGAAGCGUGUCACUUAUUUGUCUCCAGCAAGGCUGGAAGAUGAGAUGGUGCGGGAAUUUUCUCAUCUAAUGUGGGAGACACAGAAGCUGCGAGUUAUCAAGGCAGGGACGCUGCCACGCUUGGUUGAGGCCCUUGCAACUGUGAGAGGAGAGCUUGACUCCUCAUACAUGAACAUCUUCCUUGCCACCUACCGCACAUUUGCAACACCUCUCCAGCUGCUUCAAGCCAUAGUUGACAGGUAUCAUCUGUUAAGGUCACAAAAUAAGAGAGGAAAAAGCGAACUUUUUGAACAACAACAGAAAACUCUAAAGUGUGUGUUGUCAGUAUGGCUUGACACAUAUCAUGAAGACUUUCGGGAAAGUCCAAACUAUCCAUGCCUUACUUUGUUGGAAAAUUUUGCGAGGGAAGUUAUUCCUGAUAGUGAUCUUGCUUCGAGAGCACACAAUCGCAUUGAAAGAUUGAAAAAGGAGGCUUCUAGUAAUGGAGCAGAAAACAUCCAGUUUCGCUUCUCCAUCUGUGAUGAAGUGGAUCGCAUGAUUGAUGAAGAAGCCCCCAAACCUUUGACAUUUCCUGACAUUUCACCAAGACUGUGUGCAGAACAGUUGACCCUUCGGGAUGCUGAACUGUUUAAGAAGGUUGUACCACACCACUGCUUGGGGGCUGUUUGGGGAAGAAGAGACAAGGGAGGUAAGGAUGCACCCAGUGUGCAGGCAACAGUUGAACAGUUCAACCGUGUCUCUUUACGCGUCAUUGCCACUGUCCUCAAACAUCCAGACCACCUCAAAAGUACUUCCCGUGCAAGACUUUUGCAGAAGUGGAUAAAUAUAGCACAGGAACUGAGAGAGCUUAAGAAUUUUUCAUCAUUACGAGCUAUUUUGUCAGGGCUACAGUCUCAUCCUGUGUAUCGGCUCCGGAGGUGUUGGUCUGCAGUUCCCAAGGAAACCAUUGUGCUGUUUGAUGAGCUGUCAGAUAUUUUCUCUGGUGAAAACAAUCAACUAAAUUCACGAGAGUUGCUAAUGAAGGAGGCCACUGCAAAAUUUCCAGACCUAGACUCCCAAAACAAAAGCUUAAAGAGGAAAAAUAUGCAGAAAAGGCGGUCAUGGAUUGAUAAUGGGACAGUACAAGGUACAGUUCCAUACCUGGGCACUUUCCUGACUGACCUCACCAUGCUGGAUACAGCUAUGCCAGACAUUACUGAUGAUGGGCUAAUCAAUUUUGAAAAGCACCGCAAAGAGUUUGAGGUGUUGGCGCAGCUUAGGCUUCUGCAGUCAGCUGCUCAGAUUUACAACAUCCAGUAUGACAACCGCUUCUGGGAGUGGUUUGACUCUAUUCGUAUCUACAGUGACACUGAAAGUCAUGAAAUGUCCUGUGCCAUUGAACCCCCUUCAGAGAGUAUAGCCAAGAUAAAGAAAAAGUCUGCAAGUUUUGCAGUGAGAGGGAGAUCUGAUUUCAAGUUUGGAACAUUCCUCUUUAGAUAUUAUUCAUGCAUUUCUGGAACAAAAGUGAGAAACUCAGGACCUAGCAUUUACUCUUGCUUUGCACGUAGACCUAGAUUUGCUUCGGAUUCCUCUCUCUCUAAGCGUCAGUCACCACGCCGGGAAGAUUCACUACACACAUUGUGUGACAGUUUGGGGCACAAGCCGUCAAAAUUUGACAGUUCGAGUACACCCCGCCUGGGCUUCUUUUGUGGAGGAGAGGAGCACAACAGCAUAUGUAGCAUCCCAGACACAAUUGCAGCUUCCAUUGGGCCUCUUGUUACUAUAUCCCAUUCUUCCUCCACAUCAUCGGUGCUUUCAUCAGAUAGUGAUAGUCAGACUCCCUUCAGAUCAUCUGAUACCUGCGUCAUCCGUGUCAGCAUGACCAGUGGGGACCUCAGCCCAGAUACCAAGACACAUGUGACACAUGUGUACAAAAGCAUCAUGCUUAACAACACCGAUCAUACAAAUACUGUGAUUGAGAAAGUCCUGGAGAAAUACUCAAUUGAUGAUAAGCCCGAUAAUUUCUGUCUCCUUCAGAUUCUUCCAGAUGGGGAACUUCUGAUUCCAGAGCGUGCCAAUGUGUUUUAUGCCCUCAACAAUUCUGUUGAUCUCAACUUCAUUGUGCGGAGACGUUCGGAACAAGAGAGCUUGAAAGACCGUAAGAAAGGUCGCAGACGACUGAAAAAAUUAUCAUUGUAGCAGCACUUUUUUUUUAAAAUAAGGGUGGGUGGUAAGCAUGUUGUUGAAUACCCAAAUGGAGAAUAGGAACAAUGUAAUGGCACAAGACUUUUUUUCUGAGAAAGUAACAGAUGUCAAAUGUAGUGUGUGCAUGUGUGUGUGUUUUCAGAGUACUGCCAGAAUGAGGAGGCAAACAGAUAUUUUCCAUGCUGUUCAUCUUUUUUUCUUGUAUAAUAUGGAUUGUGCAAUGUUCUUGCUGCUAUGGCUGAAAUUUGUGGUGAUAUUUAUGAGAUAGUGCAUGCAUAUUUCAGAUAAUGAAUUCCGCGAGGAGACUUGCUCAACAUGCUCAAACUCCUUCUCUGUCACUCAGAAAAUUCUCACUCAAGACACACAGUGUUACAGGCAUAGACUGAGGAAAUAUAUGAGAAGAAGAUGACACAAAAUUUGCAGUUUUCAUAAAAUAUUAUUGCCAAUGAUACAAAAUUUGCAGUUUUCAUAAAAUGUUAUUGCCAUUUGGCUGGCGAGGUAAAAAUAAAAAUGCAGUUUUUUUCAUUAGCUUUUCUUUUUGGGGACUGGUCUUUAUUGAAAUUAAGUCUAUCAGUGUUGUAAAUUUAACAAAUUUCUUAGCUUCAGUAAUUUGCAGGUGCAUUGUCAUUUUGUGGUAUAGUGGCGGGAUGUGUGUGCAUAUGUAGUCUCAAAUCGUUGUUUCCAACUUUUUCAUAUAUACUUUUUCAUCAAGAUAAUUUAAAUUACUAUUAAUGAAUUAAUUUUUUUAGUAAAAGAAUGCCAUCAUAGUAGAUCAUGAUAAAUUUCAGGAAGCAAACUUUUAUUUUAGCAUGUUAGUGAUCAACUUAAUGUAUUCUAUUAAUAUUCAUAAUUGAUAACUGAUGGUAAUUUUCAUGAGACAUUGAUGCAAAACUUUUUUUAACUUCUUUGCCUAUACUGCCACAUUUUAUGCUUCUGAGAUUAUUUAACACAGGCUCAGGGUAAGGUAAAUAUUUCACUAGGCGCACAGAAAGAUUAAGUCUUUUAAAAUAUAAAAUGUAAGAUGUGUUGAAUGGGUCUCGAGUCAAAAUGUCUGACAAACAUUAGUGGCACAAAAUGGAUGCAGUAGUGAUGGGUGCUUUGUACUGUAACAAUGAUAAGAAAUGCUUUUACUUACAGCUUUUGAAAAGUUUGUUUUAUCAGUAAGUGCAUGUGAAGGGAGAGAAUGUAGUCUGUCAACUAGAAAUCAACAAAGUUGGUUAUAGAUCAGAACCAUAAAAAGAAUUUCAGCAUGCUAAAGUUUUUGUGCAUUAGAGUAGUAAUCGGCGCUCUUAUUAAUCACAUUUUCUCCAUCCCUGAUGAACAUAUUUUUGGACAAAACAAAGAUGGAGAGGAGAAACAUUUUCAUGGCAGCCUAAAGGUGCUUUGCUGUGAUCUUUUUUUAAAACAAUAUGAAUGGCUACUGCACUCAUUCUGAUGCUGAUAACAGAGGGUUGUGCAUGGUAUUUGUGAAUUUUAGGAUUACCACUGUCCUGAUGGAAAUAUCACGUGUGAGUGAACGAUGGCAUUACCAGUGGGUCAGAAGGUUAGUCAAUCUCCCUGACCAUUCACAAGCUUCAGAGGACUCAAAAUAAUGCUAUCCAUUUUAUUUUCUGAAGGCGAAAAGCAGAACAUGCUACACUGCUCCUCCAUGAGGUACACUAGCUGCCAAUUUGAGCUUGUUAUAAUUACAAGAUCACCACACUGUCAUCACAGCUUGCCCUACAUACCUGUUAGAGCUAUUGACACCUUCAUAUCCGAGUCAAUCUCCGUUGCCAGCUUGUGACAUCUUCCUCUCUGUCCCACACAUGAAAUGAGGGGCCCACCAUUUAAAAUUCCCCGCCUCUUUUCUUCAAACUGUGUCUACAUUCAGAGCCCUCGUCCAGCCUCAAAACCCACCUCUUUUAGAAAUAUCUUUCAUGUGUCAGCGAACACUUGCAUUUACUUCUUAGUUAUUCAUCUUAAUAAUAAAUAUCAUUUUUAGAGUCCAUACACUUCAUUCAUGUUUGUCACAGUGUCAUCCACAAGUGUUUCUUUGUUGUUUGGUUAACUGUUGAUUUGCUUGUAGUCUUUCGUGCACAGCACAUUGAGCUUACCUUCACACAGGGAAAUGUACUCAAUAAAUUUUUUUAUCAUUAUUAUUGCUUAUGUUACUACUUUCAUCAUUUAAUUUAUGCUAUCCUUAAGCCGUAUUCACAUUACCAGGCUUAAUUAUUUCAGUAGCUGUUGUUUAAUGAAAGUUUUAAGUGGGACAUUUUUUUUUUUCCUUUUGCUUUUAGUAUUUGCUUUUGCUUUAGUUCAAGAUCCUAGGUGCUUCAGAAUGCAGCAGCAUUAUCGUUUCAUUUCAGUUUUUUAACUGAAUUAGUAUUAUACUUUUUAGGGGAGGGUUUUUGCUUUACAUCAGGUGUUUUAAUAGUUUGUUUCUAGUUUGUGACUUCUCUUUGUAGUAAUUGUAAAUAUGAAGGCAACGCAUGGUGUGUUAAACAUCUUUUAAGUAAAUUUUUUUUAUUAAAAUUACUCAUAAAUAUACUUGCAAGAAGUUUAAUAGUUAAUAGUGUACCUCAGUUAAAUUUUGAAAUAAAAUAAAAUGAGCUAUAUGUCAAAAUAUGAUAAUUUUAUAUGCAAAAGAACAAAUAUCAAACAGCAUUGCAGUCUGUUGUACUUCCACAGUGUUGCUCUAUGUGUCUGGGAAAAAAUUAUCUUGAAAUGCUGCAGACACAGUUUAUUUUUAACAUCUCACUCCAUUGAAAUCUUUGUAUGUUGUGUUAAAAGAAAUCCCAGAAGAUAAUAUACUGUUGAAGGUGUGUGUGUGUCCAUUUUUAUAAAACUGGCUAAAGUAUGUAAAAAAACGUGUACUUGUAUUCAUGCCACAUCAUGCAUUUCUUCAUUAAAAUUACCUUGAACAUGUUAAGUGCUGUAUGCUAAGGAAGUAUAACAACAAUGCACUAACAUUUGAAAUCAGUUAUUUGCACAACGUGAGGUAUAGUCUUUUCCUUAUCAUGCUUCUUUUACACUCAGGUAGCUAAGACAUUCUUCAUCUCAGGUGAAUUGAUAUCAUGACUGGUUUUGAGACUUUGUGGUAGGAACUACAGCAACAGGUUGCUAGGGAUGAGUGUACAAAGUAAAAAAUUUUUAGUUAUUUUUGUUCUUGGAUCCUUAUAGCAUCUACUAAAAAUAAGAAGUAACUUUAUUUUCUCAGACUUUAAGUUAUUGCUAUUAUUUUGAAGACCCAUGAAUCAUCUAUAUUCAAACUAUUUUCUUUCCCUUUUCUGCUGUUUUCUCUCUUAGAUUGACCAAAAAUGUUAUCAGUCUCUACUUUGUCGUUAUAAAAUGCAGUCAAACCUCACUAACUGAACUCCCACUGGCUGAUGUAUAUAUUCUGCUGUUUGAACUCAUUACAAAUCAAGCUUUUGGUCUAACAAAACUGAUUCAGAGUUAAGUCAUAUUCUGCAUCUGUAAAGCAUGUGUACAUGUUUUGAAUGGUGUUUCAAACAUUCGGCAUGGCCAACCCAUGUCCAUUGGCCUAAACGGCUUUUGUGGAGGAAAAAAUUUGGCAGAGAAGAUUUUUCUCAUUACCAACAAAUUUGCUUGGUUCAGUUAUGACUAGUCUGUUGCCUCUGAAUAAAGAAAAUCUCUAAAUAAAGGAAAUAGGGUUUCUACUGUCAAAACCAUUUUUUCAGAAAGAGGUUUGACUGUAUACACUGUCCUCCAUUUAUCAACAUGCCAGUUUGCAUAAUCAGUACCAAAGUUGGUUUUUUGGGUUUUUUAACAAACCCACCAACAACUGGAUAUUUCUCAUGCCUUAUGACACUAGAUUCAAUGAACUUGGAAUGACAGUAGCUUGUUUCAGAAAUUGUUGAAGUCUUCCUGAAGGCUGUUCUUAACCAGGCAAGUAUGGAUAAACAUUUCACCAAAUUUUGCGAAGUUUACUGGACAGUUAUAUAUAAACUUGGUCAAACAUUUGUCCAUAUUGGUUUGGUUAAAAACGACCUUAACAUUUGGUAUUCAGCUUUCACCCUUACUUCAUUCAAUUUGCUUGUUGAAAGGUUCAUUUCUAAUAAUGCCUUGAAGAAAUAUGUUUGAAAUAAACAUGUAUGAUCUUCCCUCCUUUAAGCAGAAACAAAAUCACAGAUUGGGCAGUUUAUAAUUUUAACUGCUUAUGUAAUUAGUGGUAAAAAAGCAGAAAUCUUAAUUACACUUCCUUGACAGAGAAAAGUAUGAAAACUAUUUAUCUGAAUGGAAAGGAGAGAUAAGGGUAAGAAGUAAAAUUGCUUUAGAUAUGUAUACACCUGUCAUGACUGUGAUUAUAAUAUACUGAAAAAUAAGAGGGUAUUCCAGAUUUUUAAUCUGACUUUGUUGUUGGUAAAUGUUUAACAUUUUAUAGUGACUUUUCCCCUUCCCAUUAGUAAAAGGUUUUAUGGGCAUUCAUUUUUUGCAUUUUCUUUCCUUAGCUUGAGUUAAAUGCUUCACGUUUUAUACAACUUUUAUGUUUUUUUAUUUACAUGUAAAAUGUUUGAACAGUUCUGCUUUUUUCAAGUGCAAAAACUGUUGCUCAAAACUAUUUUUAGUUGUGCAGUUGUAGACUAUUCACGCUUUUGCUCCAUCUUUAUUGCUUUUAAUAUAGCAAUGUUUUAAGUGUAGUGGGUGUGUAUAAUCAUAUUUUAAAAAUAAAUUUUCUCAUUGAGAAUUGAAUCAGUUGUUUAAAUGAUUUGUAUAAUCAUAAGAAAAUGCUGAUAACCUUCACAUGUAUAUUAUCCCAGUCUUCCAACAAAUAUCAAAUGGUGUUGGUCAGUAGCUUCAGAUAUGUGUAUACAUGUUUAGUGUUAGUAUAUGUUGUAAAAAAAAAUUAUAUCGAUGAGGAAGAACCCAUGAAGUAUGCACUUCCUGUACAAAGGUGCUGAAGUUGGAAAACAAUAGACAGUCCUGUAUAACAAAAACAGUUUCUACAUAGCUUCAGAAUAAGACUGUAUCUACAGACUAAUAUAAUCAUGCCAGGUUCCAUGUGUUGGUGUAUCCAUAAAGUUGUUAGCACACCACCUAGUUAUUAUUAUUGAAAGUUAUUUGGUGGUGACGUGCUUCAGUUUAGGUAUUUUAUUAACAUAGUUUUGUUUAUUUCUCUGUACAAUAUAUUUAAAUGUUGGGAGUACAAGUUUUAUAGAACAAAAUGACCAUGCUUCAUUUUUCAAAUGUCUGGCUGUCUGAAUGUGCAAUGAUGUGUGCUAUAUUUUGUAGUGCAAAUGCUAUAAUUGAGGCACAAUUUGUAUAAAACUUCAAAAUGACAUUCUGAUGGUCAUUUUGAUUUUCAUGUUAUGCAUGAUUUUUUUUUUAUUGCCAUAGACUGAGACAAAUAGUGAUGCCUUAUUUAAACGAGAGUUUGGCUGGCUGUAAAGUUGAAGAUGGAAAGAAAGGUGGUUUUCCAGAUGAGUUUUUUGUUUAACACUUCAUGACUCAGACAGUGCCAUGGAACCACUCUUUACAAGUGGUAAUUUCUGUUUCCCUAUUCAUCUGCCAUUGUGUCUCAAUGUAGGCAAAAAUUCAGAAAAGACCUGUACAUAAAACAUGCCACACCCACUGGCAGCUGAAUUGUAAUCUUCUUUUAUCCCUUAAAAAAAGGCUUAAUGAAAAUUGUUUUUCUGAUUUGUUUUUGUGAUUUAUGUGUGACUUUUAAAUUUUAUGUCUAGUCUUUGGUAACUAUUGCCUCUUACAAUAAUAGGAAACCUGACCCUGACUGUACCAUACUGUCUCACAGUUACUGAUGUGGAGCAGCCUCAUUAGAGAUGGGAACAAUUGUCAUUUUGCUGUGAUAACAAAUGGUCCUACUGUCACCUCGGCUAGUUGCGUUUUCUAUUAAAAAGUAGACUGUAGAAAGAUUUAAUCAUGAGAUUUUGUUUUUCAGUUAGAUUAUUAGAUUAUGAAAGAUUUUUGAGCAGGACUAUUGUUGAAAAUGUGUGAUACAAGGAUACUAUGUUUAGGUGUUUAUAUUCCAUGAUGUUUUGUUUAAAGCUGGAUAUCAACUCGACACCAUACAGUUCAACAAAAUUAUAGGCUAUGAUUUUAUCUUUUAUUCAACUGGUACUUCAUAAGGUCACAAGUGUUAAACUAAUUUAAGUGGAUGUUUUUAAUCGCAUGGUGAAGUUGAGAAUAUUUUAAUAAAAUCCUUUGAAAUGUUCCAAACCAUUGAUGGCUCUUGUAUUAUUCUAUUAUUUUUAUUAUUGAUCUUGUGAACAUUUUUCCGUUGUGCUGCUUGAAAGUGUCUACACUUUAAUAAUAUAUGAAAAAUAUUUCUUUAAACUCUACAAAUCUGUAACAACUUUGCUGUGGUUUUCAUGUGUAACAGAUGACAUGUGCGUGUUAUCCAGCAAGGAAAUGGUAGAUGUUUGUUUUACAAGGUUUUUAAUCUAUAAUUUUUGCACUUUUUUCUGGCCUGAAAGGUUGUAAGGGGUAGUGGGGAGGAUUUGGCUUCUGGUGGCCUUGUUUUGUUUCUUUGCUGUUUUCUACAGUCUUAUUUCCAACUCCAUUUAUGUGUCACUUUUAGAAGUUUGCUCAAUGCUAAGGGUGUGCUAUAAAAUGGCCCAUUUUACUAGUCAACCAUUAUGAAUGUAAAUUAUGAGGACUUGCUAAACAUGGAACAGAAGCCUUCAAGUUUAGGCUAUAAAAUAGAUGUGCACAGAUAUAGAUAACAUUUUGUGACAACAUAGUUUCAAAAUGAUUAUCGUGAUGCUGUAAUGCAUUUUCAGAGAAUAUUUUACUGCUGUACUAAUACUGUAUUCAAACCUGGUGGUGGUGAUUAUUUAACGCAUGAGAGAUAUAAGAUGCUUAGUGUCCUGACUGCUCCAGGCACCCAAAGUUCCAGCUUAACAGAGUGUACAAAUUAUGAACUUCAGCUCUAGAAAGUGUUUUAGGCAAAAGAAAAGCAAAAAAAAAAAAAUCGAUGCCGUUUUUCUUUUAGAGGAAAAGGAUCAAAAAGAAUGACAAGAAUCAAAGCAACGUAGAUUCCCCAAUAGGUGCAUGUAGUACCACUGCCGAGUUUGUUUUAAAACCAGUGACAGAUGAUCAGUUCCUACUAUGAUGCCUUUUGAAUGAAAAUCCACUUGAGUGAGGUGUGAUUAGUUGAAGCAAAAUCACCCUUGUGAACAGAAAAUGAAAGUACUAUAUAAUGUCAGGAGGAUUAUGUUGCUUUGUAAUCAUUUAAUGAUGCUUUUGCCAAAUGAAUGUAUAAUGACUGGAAAAUAAUAUUACAGAUGUGUCAGAAAUACCUUGAGAUCAACAAGGCAUCAACAUUAAUCAAGUACAUGAAGCAUAUCUACAUAAUAUGUAUAUGUAUGAGUGUUUGUAUAUAUACAUAAUGUAGUCUUUUUUUUUUUGUCUUUUAUGUGACAAAUUUGAAGUUGUCUUUUAUUCAGAAUGUAGAAUUGUCUAUAUAUUUAUGAACAAUGUCACUAUAGUCUUUUGAAUAUGGUGAGUAAAGUCGAUUUGAACAAGUUGCA